AUGGCCGACUCGGAUCCGGGGCCCUCGCCGCCCAUUCUCGAACAGGACCAGGCGCCCACUCCCGAGACUCCUCCUACCAGGGCUCCCCAUGAUCCCGUCGUCGCCGCCAAGGCUGCCGCUCGUCCCCAGCUCAGACCCGGCUCUAGCAUGAACGGGCCUCUGUACAUGCAGACCCCCAGCAGCAACGUCGUCCUCGUCAGGAAGCUCAAGCGCAAGGACAGGAGUACCGGGAAGCUGCUGGCUCAGUGGUUUGUCGAGAACCAGAUCGGCCUCUCUCUCAACCUCCUCGCCUUGCUCUUUCUCGCACACUUCUUCAUCCCCAAAGCCAGGCCCUACACAUACAAGUUCUUCCACCUAUCCUACUACAACGACGACACCGGAAGAUAUGCCAUCGGCUUCGACGACGCCUACGUGCUUGCCCUCAGCAUCGUCGCCUUCACCGGCCUGCGCGCCUGGACCAUGGAAUACGUUCUCGCACCCUUUGCCAAGUUCCAGGGCAUCACCAAGCGCUUCUGCGUCACCCGCUUCAGCGAGCAGUCUUGGCUUCUCGUCUACUACUCCUUCUUCUGGCCUCUCGGCGUCUAUAUGUACUGCAGAUCCCCCUACUACUUCAACAUGGAUGGCCUCUGGACCAACUGGCCCGAACGCGAGAUCGACGGCCUCAUGAAGAUCUACAUCCUCGCCCAGUGGGGCUUCUGGCUACAGCAGUUCGUCGUCAUCCACAUCGAGGAGCGCCGCAAGGACCACUGGCAGAUGCUCAGCCACCACGUCAUCACCUCGAGUCUCAUCUGGGCCUGCUACCACUACCACCACACUCGCGUCGGCCACCUCAUUCUCGUCCUCAUGGACGUCGUCGACAUCUUCCUUCCCCUCGCCAAGUGCCUCAAGUACGCCGGAUACACCACCCUCUGCGACAUUGCCUUUGUCUUCUUCGUGUCGUCGUGGCUCAUGGCCCGCCACGUCUUGUACAUUGCCGUCCUGUGGUCCAUAUACGCCGACACGCCUCGAGUCAUGGACUUUGGCUGCUACAGGGGCACCAACGCCGGCCUCGAGGGUCCCUUUGAACGCCCCGCCGGCCUGACGGCCCUCGUCGAGCCCUUUUACAAGUUUGACGGCACCGUCUGCUUCGACCACGGCGUCAAGUGGAUGUUCCUCGUACCUCUCAUCUUCCUGCAGAUCAUCACCCUCUUCUGGUUCAGCCUGAUCGUCCGCGUCGUCAUAAAGGUGCUUCGUGGAGGCAGCGCCGAAGACUCCCGCAGUGACGACGAGGGCGAGGAGGACGAGGAAGAGGACGAAUUCGUCUACGAGGAGGCUGAGCCUCUCGAGGAGCACGUCGGCGUCGAGUCUCUCGACCUCAAGGGCUGGGAGCGCAGGCACGGCGUCAAGAUUCAGUCCAGCAGCUCUGGCGUCAGUCUACCGGGCCACAGUGACCGCAAGGAGCUGCUCGGUCGUAUCGGAUGCGAGAAGCAGGUUGACUGA